AAAACAGUAGUGAUGAGGCAUUUGCUUUCAUGAUAUACAUAUAUAUCUUUUUCCCUCACUUUCUUCAUCUUUAAUUUGUCAGACAAUUUUUUCCAUUUAGCUUCAAGUUGGAUUUUGUACUCCACUUUUAUAUCUUGCUUCUGUAUUUCAAUUUGUUAGAAUUUUUGUAAAGUAUACCCCACCCCCACCAUUCUUGCUCCCCAUACACAUCUUCCCUAUAAAGAAAAGCAAAGUUUUUCUCAUUCAGACUCUCUCUCUCUCUCUCUCUCUCCCCAUAUCAUCUUUUUAGGAGCAAAAGCUUAUCUAAGCUAGCAAAAUUCCAAGUUCAAGAUUCUCCCCCUCCCUCCACCCCUUCUUAAUUCAAUUCCCCUACCUCCAUCACAAACCCAUACAUACGUACUGAUCUCUUCACUUAAAAUAUAUAUAUAUAUAUAUAUACAAAAACCACUCCAACAAUAUUAAUAUUCCAUCAGAAUCACUUACACAAAGGUUGAAUUUUUAUUUCAUGUUUGUGGGUCUUUUGAUUAGAUGGAUACUUUGUUUAGACUAGUCAGCCUCCAAUCUACUGAUCAGUCCUUCAACUCCAGCAGAACUUCCAGCAGCUCUAGAUCCUCUAGGCAAAACCCUUACCACCAAGACGACGAAGAAUGCUUCAAUUUUUUCAUGGAUGAUGAAGAUUUCUCCUCUUCUUCUUCCAAACACUAUAAUCCUUACCACCACCACCCCCAGCCUUCCACCGCUACUCCCACCACCACCAACACCACCGGCAGCGCCACCCCAACUCACCACCAUGCCUACGACCAAUCCUCCGCCGAUCAGUUCUCCUUCUCUCCGGCACGUGACGUGAACCUGGAAUUCGCAGCCUCACUUUCCGGCCAAAACAGUAAGUGGGCUCAUGAUAUUCUCUUGGAGACGGCAAAAGCUAUAGCUGAUAGAAACAGCUGGAUGCUCAACGAGCUGAGUUCUCCUUAUGGGGAUAUCGAUCAGAAGUUGGCUUCCUACUUUCUCCAGGCCUUGUUCAGCCGCAUGACGGAUUCCGGCGAGCGAACUUACCAAACCCUGAUCUCUGCUUCUGAAAAAACUUGUUCUUUCGAGUCUACAAGAAAAAUGGUGCUGAAAUUUCAAGAAGUUAGCCCCUGGGCUACCUUUGGGCACGUUGCUUGUAAUGGUGCAAUAAUGGAGGCUUUUGAUGGUGAGAGCAAGUUGCAUAUAAUUGACAUCAGCAACACUUACUGCACGCAGUGGCCUACUUUGUUGGAAGCCAUCGCCACGCGUACCGAAGAAACCCCUCAUCUGAGGCUCACCACCGUGGUGGCCAGCAAAUUCGGAGGCGCAACUGGUGGCGCCGCGGCGGUGCAAAAGGUCAUGAAAGAGAUAGGCAGCAGGAUGGAAAAAUUUGCGCGGCUCAUGGGCGUGCCAUUUAAGUUCAACGUCAUACACCAUGCUGGUGAUCUAUCUGAGUUGAACUUAGCUGAAUUGGACAUCAAAGAAGAUGAAGCCCUGGCCAUCAAUUGUGUUGGGGCCUUACAUUCCGUUUCGACAACUGGUAAUCGUAGGGAUUUUUUUAUAUCUAUUUUCAGAAGACUGCAACCUCGGGUUGUCACCAUUGUUGAAGAAGAAGCUGAUCUUGAUGUAGGAGUUGACGGGGUUGAAUUUCUCAGGGGUUUUCAAGAAUGUUUGAGAUGGUUUAGGGUUUACUUUGAGGCAUUGGAUGAGAGCUUUCCGAGAACAAGCAAUGAGCGGUUGAUGCUGGAGAGGGCAGCCGGACGCGCCGUCGUGGACCUUGUGGCGUGCCCGCCACCAGCCGCACGAUGGUCCCACCGCCUGCAUGCCGGCGGGUUCACUCCUUUUCCUUUUAAUGAAGAGGUGUGCGAUGAUGUGCGAGCCCUGUUGAGGAGGUACAAAGAGGGGUGGUCAAUGGCACAGUGCUCGGACGACUCCGCCGGAAUAUUCCUUUCCUGGAAGGAUCAGCCGGUGGUGUGGGCUAGUGCAUGGAAGCCUUGAUGACUCAGACUCCCACCAAGAAAAAUGGUGGAGGGUCCCACGUGACUUGUGGCUUUGGCACGUGCAUGUCAUCUAUGGAGUUGAAGUGUUUUUGUUGAAGGAAAAUAGGAAAAGGUAUCAUUGGCUUUUCUUUUUAAUUUUUAAUUUUUCACUUUUAUUUUUCCCCCUUUGGAUUGCAUAGAAUUGAUGAAGUAACUAAUUCUCAUUAAUCUUGUUACCAAUUUCUCAUCA